GGGAGCAGCUAAAGGAAAAGGCAGAACAAGCUGUUUUGCUAAAUCGUGCACGUUAUCGUAUUUUCUCUACACUAAUCUAACCAGAUUUAAGCAAAAAGCACCUCGUAUUUUCGUCGCUUUGGAUGCCAGCGUAAAGCCAUUCCCAGAGCCUAAAAUGAUCCAUGCGGUGACCUCUGAUGUGUAAAUGGCUUCCAAAGUCCGCGAUGCUGUGGUGUGGUACCAGAAGAAGAUCGGUGCAUAUGACCAGCAGAUAUGGGAGAAGUCUGUUGAACAAAGAGAAAUCAAGUUCAUUAGGCGGGGACUGAGGAACAAACCAAAGAAGACUGGCCAUGUGAAGCCUGACCUGAUUGAUGUAGAUCUAGUAAGAGGCUCUGCAUUUGCCAAAGCCAAACCAGAGAGCCCAUGGACAUCUUUAACACGUAAGGGCAUUGUUCGAGUAGUCCUCUUCCCAUUUUUCUUCAGAUGGUGGAUUCAGGUGACGUCCAAAGCUAUCUUUCUCCUGCUGCUCACCCUUUAUUUUCUCCAAGUGCUGGCAGCAGUGCUAUUCUUCAGUAUCUCACAUCAGCAUGACAUCCCGGCCACAGAAGUGUUCAAUGCCAUCUGGCUUAUGCUGCUGCUGGGCACUGUGCACUGCCAGAUUGUCUCAACGCGCAUUCCCAAAUCCACGCCCAACUCCACUGCCAAGAGGAGAAGGAAGUUAAGGAAAGCAGCUCACUUGGAAGUUCAUAGGGAAGGCGAUGGCUCUAGCACUACUGAUAACACACAGGAGGGGGCAUCGCAUUCCCCCAGCUCUGCUGCCUCUCUCGGCCUUGGCGCUUUCUUCAGAGAUUUCUGCCAUUAUAUCUUAAAAUCAGGGUCUAAAACAUCCAAACGGUCUAUUGACAAGUCCACAGAAACAGAUAAUGGCUAUGUCUCCUUGGAUGGCCGUGUCAUCAGUAAGAGCAGCGAAGAGAGGCUGCAACUCCAUGAGCCUCACUGUGACCUGUUGCGAUCGGAGGAGCCGGUCUGGAGCAGUUCACAGCCCAGGAACAACCUGAUACUGUCAUCCAGCAACAAGGAAGUGGCAGCUCUACGCAGUGGAGAGAACAUGUCAGAUGAAGCGUCAAGUGAAGAAGACCCCGAAAACUACAGGGCAAUUCGCAGAGGGGUGGAGCGCAUGAACAGCGACUGCACACUGCGCAACAGAAGAUCCCACCAUUACAAAAAACACUAUGCAGCAACAGAGGAGACACCUAAAUCAGGCACUAGCUGCAGCUCCCGUUGCUCCAGUCUGCGCACUCAGGACUCUGAGAGCACUCGGCAUGAGUCGGAGACGGAGGACGUGCUGUGGGAGGACUUCCUGCACUGUGCGGAAUGCCGGUCCUCCUGCACCAGUGAGACUGAGGCAGAGGGGUCUGCUGUCAACCCCAGUUCAAAAAAGGAGUACAGGGAUGACCCAUUCCUGCAGGGACAUGCACCAUGGCUCCACAGUUCAAACCCAGGGCUGGAGCGUGUGAGCGCCAUCGUAUGGGAAGGAAACGAGUGUAAGAAGGCAGACAUGUCAGUACUGGAAAUCAGUGGCAUGAUAAUGAACAGGGUAAAUUUGUACACCCCUGGCAUUGGAUACCAGAUUUUUGGAAACAUGGUGGCUGUGACUCUGGGUCUUACCCCCUUCGCAUUUAGACUUUUCCAGUACAAAGACAUGGAGCAGCUGGCCUCUCUCUCGGCCACUGAGAUGAUCUCUAUUGCCUUUGGCACCUCUACUGAUUUCAUGGUAAUCGCCAUGGUGACUUUAAGCUUCAUGGUCCGUGUUUGCCUCAUCUGGCUCUUCUUUUUCCUGCUAAGUGUGGCGGAGAGGACAUAUAAGCAGAGGCUGCUCUUUGCUAAGCUUUUUGGUCACCUAACCUCAGCUCGUAGGGCCAGGAAGUCUGAGGUGCCUCAUUUCCGUCUGAAGAAAGUGCAGAACAUUAAGAUGUGGCUUUCUCUGCGUUCAUACUUGAAGAGACGUGGCCCUCAACGCUCAGUCGACGUCAUCGUCUCAUCUGCCUUUCUCCUUACUCUCUCAGUGGUCUUUAUUUGCUGUGCUCAGUUGCUGCAUGUGCACGAGACGUUUCUGGAGUACCAUUACAACUGGGAGCUGGUAAUCUGGUGCUUUUCUCUCUCACUCUUCCUGCUGCGUUUUGUCACUCUGGGCUCGGAGACCAGCAAAAAAUACAGCAACGCCUCAAUCCUUCUGACCGAACAGAUUAAUUUGUACUUGAAAAUGGAGAAAAAACCAAACAAGAAAGAAGAGCUUACAAUUGUCAACAAUGUUCUCAAGCUGGCCACCAAACUGCUAAAGGAGCUGGAUUCUCCAUUUAGGUUGUACGGGCUCACCAUGAACCCUUUGCUGUACAGCAUCACACAAGUGGUCAUUUUGUCUGCAGUGUCAGGGGUGAUCAGCGACCUGCUUGGCUUUAACGUAAAGCUUUGGAAGAUCAAGUCAUGACAGUGAACUGUGUGCGGGCAUUCAGAGUGAAUGGAAAUUUUUCAGAGGAGCCACCGGAGGACGCUGCUUCCCCUUAAUAGGGCCCUUCUGACGAGCUUUUGGCCAUUUCUCCCUCUGACCUAUCAGAGUGCACACAUUUCACAUGCUCAAUACACAUAUUUAUUUUAUUCUCUCAUCAAUUUGUGGACACUUUUAGCUGCUAUUGGAAUGUCAUUGUUACAGGAUGGGUGCUUCCUUAGAGGUCAAUAUGUUAGUAUAUAUAGUCCUGAUCUAUAAAAGUACUGUAUACAUGUUUGUAUGCAGGUGUGACACAAAAUAUUAAUAUUUAAAGGUCAUUUAAGGGUUUGAUUAGGAUGGGUUACAGUUAAGACAUGGUCCGAUAUUGGUUUCUUGCUUCGUGGAUCCAUGAUAGGUCACUCGCAACAGCAGUGCUGUUUAGUAAAGUUUAAGAUUAAAAAAGUAAUUCAAGAAGAGAAUUUUCUGAAGUACUGAAUGCACAAUUUAAUGGACAGACUUGCACACAGCAUCACUGAACCUAGUGGAUCGUCUGUGUGCCUAUGUGGUCUAUGUCUUGUUUUACUUCUCAGUCUCUGUCUUAUAUAUUUUGCAUGCUGUUUUUAUGGUGUUAUCCGGCUUGAAGAUUGAACAAUCUUUUUGUGAUCACACAUCCUCAGUUUAGUUUAUAAUGUUUAUAUCUUGUGGAUACCCAACAUUUUUAUGUGCAAAAUACCUAAAAACCCCUUAAACAUUUGAUGUGUUUACGGCCCAAAUACUGUUAAGUUUAGUCAUGUCUAAAAGACUUGUAUCACUGCUUAUCUAUUUCUGGAUAUUUUUGUUUAUGUACAGUGUAUAGAGGAGUGUGUGUGUGUGUGUGUGUGUGUGUGUGUGUGUGUGUGUGUGUGUGUGUGUGUGUGUGUGUGUGUGUGUGUGUGUGUGUGUGUGUGUGUGUGUGUGUGUGUGUGUGUGUGUGAGUGAGCACAUGCAGAUUCAAUCAGACAUGCCUCAAGAUGUGCACUUUAAAUCAAAAAACUUGUUACACAACGUGAAACUGGUCUGAAGAAGAGACUUGAGGAUAUUUUAUAUGUUUUAGUGUUUCUGCACGAGACCGUCAGCAAAGACAACCAAAGUGCUUUUUCCUUAUUUGCUGGAUUCAAAUGUAUUAGUUACUGCUUUAACCUUGACUUUAUUAGAAGGCAGUUGAUGCCAUUCUGUUGUACUACAUUUUUUUCCUACACUAUGCUGUCUGUUACAUUCUGUUUGGUUUUGUCAUUAAAUAGCUUUGAAUAGGUCACCAAUUUAUAGUAGAAAUACAUGGUGUUUACAGUGAACACUAUCAUGAAAAAUGUAGAACGAAGUUCUUUUAUGUGAGUGGUUCUGUGGUCUGUUUUUAUUCGUUUUUUAAAUGAAAACAUUUUGAAGAAGUGGGCAACGUAGCUUUUCUUUUUGAAAGUAUUAUGGUUCAGGCAGAGAAGAUCUGCUGUACGAGAUCUCUGUACACUCUAAACCACCCUGUAUGUAUCACAUUAAACACUGUGCUGGAAGA